AUGAUUAACUUUAUCCCAGAAGAGGAUAGGGAAGCUAAGGCUACAGAGUUUGAAAAACUCAAGAAAGGGAAUAAAAGUAUGCAAGAGUACUACAUAGAAUUCAUAAGGUUGGCUAAGCAUGCUCCUCACAUGGUUAAGACAGAAAAAGCAAAGAUUCGCAGGUUUGUUGGCGGUUUAGCUUACUACAUUAAGGAUACGACAUCAGCUGCAGCAGUAGGGAUGACAACCUUCUUCUCUGUUGUGGGAUUUUCCAAGCACUUAGAAAAAGACAGACAACAAAAGAGAGAAGAAAAAGAGCAUAACAAGAAAGCCUGGACAGUGGGCAGGUUUAAUGGUACAUCCAGUGGAGGUGGAAGGGAUUCCUCUACUAAGAAGUCAUUAGCACCAGUUCAGUCUAGUCAUCAGUCAGGUGGUGGUUCUUCCUUCAGACGUACUCAGAGUUAUGGAAUCACUACUGCAAUUGCACCACCCCAGGCUCGUGGUUCUCAUAAUCAGGCCGGGCAUGGGGCAGGCAGAGGUGCAGAUCGAGUCACUCAGGGAGGGGGACAACCCCAUUUGUUUGCUACACUUGAUCGCCAGAAUUGUCAUGCCAAGAUAGUGAAGUUCCAAUUUUCAAAUGAAGAAGUCUUAAAGUGGAAGGGUAGUCCAGCAUUGCUUGUAGUUAAGUUUAUUUCUUACCUUAAGGCACGAAGAAUGAUCGGUAAGGGGUGUCUCGCCUAUUUGGCUCACACCAUUAAUCCAGAAUCAGAACCACCAGCUAUUCAGUUAGUGCCAGUUGUUAGAGAAUUUCCAGAUGUUUUCCCAGAUGACCUUUCUGAACUUCCUCCUGAAAGAAUCAUAGACUUUGGCAUUGAUCUCAUGCCAAGCACUCAGCCCAUAUCUAUAUCUCCUUAUAUGAUGGCACCAACAGAACUUAAUGAGUUAAGAGAACAGUUGAAAGACCUUCUUGACAAGGGCUUCAUCAGACCGAGUGUUUCACCAUGGGGUGCCCCAGUCCUAUUUGUCAAGAAGAAUGAUGGGUCUCUCAGAAUGUGUGUCGACUAUCGGUAG